AUGAUGGCGGCACUAGGACUUCAAUGUGUGAUGCACGAUACCGAGUGGGAAGGCCACUUGCUGCUCGCUUCGUCAUCUUUGCAGGCUAUUCGCCUUCGAGACGGUUUGAUUGCGGAAGUGAGAAUGCAUCUCUUAAAGCUGAUGGAUGAGUGUAGCCUCGAGUCAGUGCAGGUGCCCCUUCUACUAGGAACUUAUUACAUCUACUAUGGCUCCCCGGUUCUCGCGUGGAAUAUGCUUGGUUUUGCCGUGCGUGCAGCUUAUGCUUUAGCAUUGCAUUGUGAAAGUGCCGCACCUCUCCCUGAUCAGGUCCAAUCUCAAAUUCGUCUUCGGACAUGGAAUCAUGUAAUCGUCGCGGAUACAUUCACGGCUAUGAUAUAUGGUCGCCCAACUUCGUUAGAUACUGCCUUUUCUGGCUUUCAGGAGCUGAUUGAGCUUGACGAUAUCCGCUUACCGUCUACUAUAUCGAACACUUUACAUGACCCACACUUGACCGGCGUUACCUUUCACAUUUUAAAAUAUCGACUCUACGAGAUAAUUCGGACUGGUCUCAAUCUAUUUCGUUUGAUGAACCUGCAGAAUCCAGUAACUCCUGAAGUAUUCUGCCGCCUGGUUGAAGCAAUCUUGCAAAUUCGUGCGUCUUUAGAGUCUUGGAAAGCGGACCUGCCGAACAUAUUCGAACGAAACACAGGAAUUGACGAGACUGUGCUGUUAUCAAUGACCAAAAAUGGUCAUAUUAGACCUGGCACAGCAGAAUAUCAAGCUUACAAAACUCUCAUUCUGCAGGCGCAGUCCUUGCGGGUGACCUAUGACAGUGCUGUCAUUUUCAUAAACCGCCCUCUAUUGGAGUAUAAGGUUAGUCCCGAAACUAGGGAGGCGGUUGCCGAACAUGUGCCGGUAGUUCGGGCAUCAUUGGAUUCAUGCCUUAAUGCUGCUCUCAGUAUCUCCCGCAUCUCGGCAGAGUGUCACCAAAAUGAAUUCAGUGUCUCCUUUAUAUUGAUGAACUACUUCAGUGCCGGGGUGAUAUUAUGCCUCAUACCAACAAUACGGCCAUUUAGCACUGCAGCAAGCGAGGCAAAAACUGGACUAUUACGAAUAAUUCGCACUAGUCGCAGGCUACAGGUCCAAAGCCAGAUUGCGCAGCAUGCAGAACAGUUGCUUACUCGUUUGUUGAAGCGAAGUCAUGAGUUGGAAUUGAAUAAUGGACUUGAUGGUGCAAAUACCUGUGAGCUUGCGGAUAAUGAACGUCGGGAAUCGGUGACUCAUGCAUCGCCUCCAUAUUCUCCGCAACCGCAUUCAGAUACAAGAAAUCACCAAGAGCCACACGGCUCUUUCGUUCCCGGAGAAACCCCCAACGAGCUAACACUAAACCCUUCUCUGGGCCAUUUUGCUACUGGGACCACAGCUGCUAAUCCAGAAGAUUGUGAAAGAGCCGCAUUCUCAUCAUCUCUGAGGGCUGGAGGUAGUUAUGAAGCUAUGCCAUAUAUACCAGAGAAUGAUCGUUAUUACGUGAUGGAUCAUCAUGUUGAUGAAGCUCUUGGCUCCUUUGGCCAAAGUCAGUUGGUCCCGAAUCACUUGGAACCUAACCUUGAGGUCAGCUAA